CCUCCCCUCAUGCAGGAGCGCGGGAGCCUCCACCUCGCGCUGUGUUUGAUCUCGCGGGAUCUUGUCUACGUCACCACCGCCGCCAUCUUGGAUUUAGGCUGAGCAAUAAAUUCCCUGAGCGCGGAUGCGCGCUCUUUUUCGAGACGCACCUUUCUGCAAGGGAUUCUUCGUUGGCACCGCGUCUCGGUCGCGGCCCUGCGGUGAUCUUCCGCGUGGCACGGAGCGAGGCCAGGCGGCCCCUGCUCGAGUCCCGCGUCGCCAUGGCGGCGGUUCCCGAGUUGCUGCAGCAGCAGGAGGAGGACCGCAGCAAGCUGAGAUCUGUGUCUGUGGACCUGAAUGUUGAUCCUUCACUUCAGAUUGACAUACCUGAUGCACUCAGUGAAAGAGACAAGGUCAAAUUUACCGUGCACACCAAGACCACACUGCCUACGUUUCAGAGCCCAGAGUUUUCUGUUACAAGACAACAUGAAGACUUUGUAUGGCUGCAUGACACUCUUAUUGAAACAACAGAUUAUGCUGGCCUUAUUAUCCCUCCUGCUCCUACCAAGCCAGACUUUGAUGGCCCUCGAGAGAAGAUGCAGAAACUGGGAGAAGGGGAGGGCUCCAUGACCAAAGAAGAGUUUGCCAAGAUGAAGCAAGAACUGGAAGCUGAGUAUCUUGCUGUCUUUAAGAAGACUGUGUCCUCCCAUGAAGUCUUUCUUCAGCGGCUGUCUUCUCAUCCUGUUCUCAGUAAAGAUCGUAACUUUCAUGUUUUCCUGGAAUAUGAUCAGGAUCUAAGUGUUAGGCGGAAAAAUACCAAAGAGAUGUUUGGUGGCUUUUUUAAAAGUGUGGUGAAGAGUGCUGAUGAAGUCCUUUUUUCAGGAGUUAAGGAAGUGGAUGACUUCUUUGAACAGGAGAAGAACUUCCUUAUUAACUAUUACAAUAGGAUCAAGGAUUCUUGUGCUAAAGCUGACAAAAUGACCAGAUCUCACAAAAAUGUUGCUGAUGACUACAUUCACACUGCAGCCUGCUUGCAUAGCCUGGCCUUGGAAGAACCCACAGUCAUUAAAAAGUACUUAUUGAAGGUUGCAGAGCUAUUUGAAAAACUUAGGAAAGUAGAGGGUCGAGUCUCAUCAGAUGAAGAUUUAAAGCUGACAGAGCUGCUCCGGUACUAUAUGCUCAACAUCGAGGCUGCAAAGGAUCUCUUAUAUAGGCGCACCAAAGCCCUCAUUGACUAUGAGAAUUCAAAUAAAGCUUUGGACAAGGCCCGGUUGAAGAGCAAAGAUGUCAAAUUGGCUGAGGCACACCAACAAGAAUGCUGCCAGAAAUUUGAAGAGCUUUCUGAAUCUGCAAAAGAAGAGCUGGUGAAUUUCAAACGGAAGAGAGUGGCAGCAUUUAGAAAGAAUCUAAUUGAAAUGUCUGAACUGGAAAUAAAGCACGCCAGAAACAAUGUCUCCCUUUUGCAGAGCUGCAUUGAUUUGUUCAAGAACAACUGAUUGACCUUCACUCUGCAGGAAAUGAAGGUGAAAUUGGCGUCACUUGCACUUAAAUUACCACAAAAGAAAAAUAAUUUUUACUUUAGUUUAAAAUCAUGUGAAUAAAUAUUUUGAUUUCUAAAAUCUUAACUCUUAACCAUGUUGGUUUAAAAAAUAUUUUCAUUGCAUGCUACUUGGACGUAAUAAUCUCCUUUAUGCAUUUGAUUAGUUAAUACUUCAUGUGGACGGAGUGUAAAUACUGGAUUCUUCAAUAGUUUGUUAUUUCUAAGAAAGGGUUUGAGAGACCACGCGCCUUCUGGAAACUAGGAGCAAUCACCUGGCCUGUCUUUCACCAGUUCGGUGCCCGUAUCUACGAUCAAUUCUCUUGGGCAGAGGUACAAAUCAAAACAAAUAACUGCUUUAAGGUUCUUUAGCCAUCUGAUGUUUGUACAGCAAGAAGAGCAUUUAUCUUUAUGCCCUUUGCACCUCCAUUUUUGUAGUAGGUAUAGAAGUACUUGAGUUGAAAUAAGAAUCCAGAGUUAUGCAUAAAAACAAAAUACAGUUUGCUUUAUAUAACAUGUCCAACAUCUAAAAUAAGAGAUGUGAACUCCACUCCCUCCCUGAUGGUAGGAUAUGUGUAUUUUGGCCUUUUGAUUUUUUUAAUAAAGUAUGUAAUAAAAUAAUAAA